UGAACUAACUGAUGAACAAAAACAACAACGAGUUCAACUUUGUCGUGAAAAUUUGGCGAAAUUUCAAACUGGUUCCUGGCGAUUAUGUGAUAUUAUAACAGGUGAUGAAACGUGGAUUUAUCAUAGACAGAUUCAUCACAAGUCAAAGAACGCAAGCUGGAUCGGCGAUGGUGAAUCACCAACUACUGUAGUUCGUCGAAGCAAAUUUGAAUCAAAAAAUUUAUUUUCUAUUUUCUUUAAAUCGAAUGGUCCCGUUCUUAUACAUUGUGUUGAUGAAGGCAAGACUAUAGAUCACAACUACUAUAUUGAAAAUUGCCUCAAGCUCGUUGUCAAGGAAAUAUUGAAACAAAGAAGGUCAGCAGAUACAAAAGGUAUCAAAUUGCUUCACGACAAUGCUGGACCCCAUAUUCAUUAUGAUGUUAUUAAUUAUUUAACAGAAGAAGGUAUCAAUAUAAUGCCACAUCCACCAUAUUCACCUGACCUUGCACCGUGUGAUUAUUGGCUAAAUGAUUGCAUCAAGCAUAAUUUAACUGAUCAACUAAAUGAAAAAUCAUUAGCUCGUGAUAUUUAUGUUGAUAAUGGAUACUCGAAUAGUCGAGUCGAUAAAUGGACAUCAAAUACAACUAGUAGUAUUCCAGCUAUGUAUAUGUAUGGACAAUGUUAUGGUCUCUUUGUCGAUAUCACGAACACAUUGUACUGUUCAUUGUUUACUUAUCAUCAAGUUAUUUCAAAUUCACAGAGACAAGGUUCAAAUGCAUGGACUAUUGUAGCUGGUAAUGGUGUUGUAGCAUUAACAUCGGCAUCACUUUAUAAUCCUCGUGGAAUCUUUGUUGAUACGAAUUUGAACUUGUAUGUGGCAGAUAGUGAAAAUGAUCGAAUUAUAAGCUUUGUUGUUUAA